GGGAGAGGGCUCCUGGGUCGGAGGUAACCUCGCAGCGUCUGGUGGCUCGUGAGUUGGCAAGGCAGGCAGUGAGAGAGCAGAGCGGAAGGCAGCUUCUCUGCAGGCACCAUGGCAGAAGAUCUUCAGUUAGAGACCUGGGACCUGAAAUGUGAGGAGAACAAUAAGGAGCACAAGACCUCCGAAAUGGGCUCCCAUCAGCUCUUCGUACGCCGAGGACAGCCGUUCCGGAUCACAUUGAACUUCGCGGGGAGAGCGUACGAAGAAGGCGUGGACAAACUGACCUUCAUAACGGAGACAGGACCUUGCCCCAUCGAGACCUCCGGGACCCGCUCCCCUUUCCCUCUCUCUUGCUCCCUGGAGGGCUCGGCCUGGAGUUCGGCCGUGGAGCAGCAGGACGGGCUGUCCCUCUCCGUCUCCAUCUCCUCCCCUCCGGACGCCCGCAUCGGCCGAUACCGCCUGGUCCUGGACGCCUCCACCCAGUAUCAGGGCUCCAGCUUCAACCUGGGCGAGUUUGUCCUGCUCUUCAACCCCUGGUGUCCAGAGGACUCCACGUACAUGGAGAACAAUGAGGACCGGGUUGAGUAUGUGUUGACCCAACAAGGCCUGAUCUACCAAGGAUCGAAGGACUACAUCGUCUCCAUCCCAUGGAACUUCGGACAGUUUGAAGAAGACAUUUUGGACAUCUGCUUGCAGUUGCUGGACACCAACCCCAAAUUCCUCCUCAAUCAAGACAAGGACUGUUCUCGACGCAACAGCCCCGUCUACAUCAGCAGGGUGGUGAGCGCCAUGGUGAACUGCAACGAUGACAAAGGCAUCCUCUUUGGACGCUGGGACAACCGCUAUGACGAUGGGAUCAGCCCCAUUACCUGGAGUGGCAGUGUGGACAUUCUUCGGAGGUGGCAGAAGUACGGAUGCCAACCGGUUCGAUACGGGCAAUGCUGGGUCUUCGCUGCAGUGGCCUGCACAGUGCUCCGGUGCCUUGGGAUCCCUACUCGCGUGGUUACCAACUAUAACUCUGCCCACGACACGAAUGGGAACUUGAUCAUCGAGCAAUAUUUGGACGAGAAUGGGAAGCUGCAGAGGGGGAACAAGGAGCUCAUCUGGAAUUAUCAUUGCUGGGUGGAAUGUUGGAUGACCCGUCCAGACCUCCCAAGCGGCUAUGACGGCUGGCAAGCUUUGGACCCAACUCCGCAGGAAAAGAGUGAAGGAGUCUACUGCUGUGGGCCAACUCCGGUGAAAGCCGUCAAGGAUGGACAACUGGAUUUCAAGUACGAUGUGAAGUUCGUCUUUGCCGAGGUCAACGCCGACGUGGCCUUCCUGAUGCUUCAGAGCGACAUGUCCCGGAAGAAGACCACUCACCCCACCUUAGUGGGCAAGAAGAUCAGCACCAAGAGUGUGGGGAAGGACACCAAGGAGGACAUCACGCACACCUACAAGCAUGGCGAAGAUUCAGAGCAGGAGAGAGCCUCCUUCGAGAAGCACGAGACGACCCAGGCCACGGAGGAGGAAGGUUUGGCCCUCAGGAUCAAGGCUUCCGAGGGGAUGAACAACGGGUGCGACUUCGACGUCUUUGUGGUCAUCAACAACAACACGCCCGAGGAACGGCUCUGCCGGCUGAGGAUCUCGGCCGCCACCGUCAGCUACAACGGGGAGCUGGGCGCCGAAUGCGGGUACAAGGACCUGUUGAACGUCAGCCUGGAUCCCAACGCAGAAAGGACGGUCCCCUUGCGCAUCCUUUACGAGAAAUACGGCAGCUGCCUGACCUCGGACAACAUGAUCAAAGUCACGGCUGUCCUGCAGCAGUCGGAGAACCGGAAGAUCCUCCUCGGGGUGCGGGACUUCCACAUCAAGAACCCCGACAUCAAAAUCCGGGUUUUGGGUGAGCCGAUGCAGAAGCGCAAACUGGUGGCCGAGCUGACCCUGAGCAACCCCCUCCCCACCAGCCUGACCGGCUGUGUCUUCACCAUGGAGGGGGCCGGACUGACCGGGGGACAGAAGGUCCAGCAGCUAGAUACGCCUGUCGAACCUGGGGAGGAAGCGAAGGUGAGGGUCGACUUCGUACCCCAACAAUACGGCCUGCGGAAACUGGUGGUGGAUUUCGAGAGCGACCAACUGAAGGGGGUGAAGGGCUACCGGAACGUCAUCAUCGCCCCCCAGCGCAAAUAAAACCAGAAGCCCCCCCAGCCAAAAAAGCCAAACAACUCCAGGAGCCCCCCAGAUGUCGGGGGACGGGGGUCUCUCCCUACCUGCAUCCCCAGCUACACCCAGAUGCUUCUCUGCUCCUGCCACCACCAAAGACUGACACUUGGACACUGACCCGCCCCACAGCUGCUUGGAGGGCACCCCAAACACCCUAGACUUGACAGGCUGCCAUUGGGGAGGGGGUUGCGAGUCUCUACUCGGGAUGUGACUUCAAGGGGGUGUCCUAUCCUGCCAUGCCAGGGGUCCCACGACCCCCAGACUCCCUCAUUCUGGGUCCUUUCGAUCCUAUUAAGAUGUUGGCCAUCAAUCCUGGUUACCUGAGAUGGCUGGGAGGUGAUUCAGGCUGAAGGGGAGGGCAGGGAGGGUCCCACAUUGGCAACUUUAAGACUUAUGGACCUCAACUUUAAGACUAGUGAACUUCAACUCCCAGAAUUCCCCAGCCUGAUGUCCCACUGGCUGGAGAAUUCUGGGAGUUGAGGUUCACAGGGUUGAAAGAUGCCAAGGUUGGACAUUCCCGAUUAGAGGGUUCCCCUCUAACUGCCCUCCCAAUCAUUGGUAGCCUUUGAAAGCCUCGAGAGAAGGACCGAGAAGACCAUGUCAACCCUCUGCUUCCCCCAUCCUGAUGUCCCACCAGAAGCAUCCAAGAAUGAAAAGAUCUCAUGCCUCCUCCUGGCAUGGCAGCCCAUAAAAACAGGGGUGAGGUCAAUUGGGGAGAACAAUCAGCCUUGUCCAUUUGGCUUUGCCAUCUCCUUCUUCCCUUCUCCCCCACCCCCGCCCCGGCAAGCUUUGGCUACAAUGGCACACUGCUGGCAUGAAAGAAGUCCACCAUUGCUUGCAUGACUACACAAUCCCUAAGGCACUCCCAUGGCUUAUUGUUUAGAGGACUCUUGGCUAUGCAGGGCCUGUCUUUUCUCAGAGCAUGAAACUCCUGGGUUUGCCUGGUGGACCAUCAAUGGAUUUUUCCACCAGGACUUGAUGGCUGAUCUCUGAUGGCCCUCAAGUACAUUUCUGGCACCACUUCUUUGACCAGGAAGUACCAGUCUUUGGAGCCUCCACAAAUCACGUUCCCUGAAGCAACCUGAUUAUAGAGCAUAUUUCUCAACCUCGGCUGCUUGAAGAUGGGUGGACUUCAACUCCCAGCAUUCCACAGCCAGCAGAAUUCUGGGAGUUGAAGUCCACCCAUUUUCAAGUGGCCAUGUUAGACAAAUGCUUAGAGAGAUAGCAAGAUCUCAAAAACGGUGCUUUACAUGACUUCCACUCCCUACUUGGAAGAAGAGGGGAAACUUCUUGAUUUUUUUGACAGUCAUGUGUCUCCUUGGGUGAGUGGUACAUAUUUGGGUCCUUCAGUCCUUGGGAGGGACCUACAAUAGUUCAGGAACCGAGCAGGAAAAGAAGAGGGCAAGGAAGCAGAACAUCAAUUAAUCAUGGCUGGAGAGCAUCUAAACCUUCACCAAACUGCCUACCAGAAAGUAUUUUUGAAAGAAGGAAGGUGUUGCAUGGUCCAUCUGCUGCUGGGGCUCCUCUCUGAGACCCAUGGAGGGGGUUCCUUUCUCUAAAAGCAGCAAAGGUGAUAAAAAAGAGUCCUCCAGGCAGACAACAAACCCAUGGAGGCUACAGAACAGUGCCUUCAAAAAGAAGCCAGCAUCAAGUUGUUGGCAGUUGGUCAACCCUACCUUGACCACCUUCAGAGUUUUUCGCAAGAAACAUCUUGAAGAUGGGUGGAUUUCAACUCCCAGAAUUCCCCCUGGAGCCUCUGCAAACCAUGUUCCCUGAAGCAACCUGGUUAGAUCAGUGUUUCUCAACCUUGGCCAUUUGAGAAUGGUUGGACUUCGACUCCCAGCAUUCCCCUUCCAGCAAAUCCUGGGAGAGGAAUUCCACUCAUCAAGUGACCAACGUUGAAAACGGAUUGGGUUGGAGAGAGAGCAAGAUCCCAGGGACCUACUGGAUUCCAGUGGCUCUCUGCUACCAACCGUCAUGCUGGGUGGGGAACAUGGAACAUGAGAAGGCAACAUGAGAAAUAUUUGGCCUCCUUGCACACUCACAAACCAUUUCUGGACAAGAUCAGACUGGCUUUUUCGGGGAGCCGGUAGUCACUUGCCUAAGAUGUGGCUUAUUGUGAAUGCCAGAUGUUUGGGCCCCAGUGCUUUUCCAGCUGUGUUACUGGUUCUGAGUCAACCCAGCAUGUUUUGGCUCCCUUGUCAAGGAAGGUGCUUGGCAACCAUUCACCAACACACCCAGAGAUGGACAAGACAAGCACAAAUGGAGGAUGGAGGAUGGAUGGAUGGAUGGAUGGAUGGAUGGAUGGAUGGAUGGAUGGACGGGUGGCCAACUAAGAAGGACCAGUUGGGAGGAGGGUCCAGACCAGCCUUUUUCAGCUGUGUUGGUCUAUAGCAGGGGGUGUGAAACUCAAGGCCCAUACGGUGCUUAGAUCUGGCCCGCAGGGCUGCCCUAGAAACAGCAAAGGACCAGCCUGUGGUGCCUCUGCCAGCAAAAACAGAGCUCAGGAGGGCCUCCCAGGCUUCAUUUUCAGCCAUGACAGCCUCCCCAAGCUCUAUUUUCACUGGCAGAGGGUGGCAAGAGGCCGUCGCAGCUGAAAAUGGAGCUCAGGAGCCCGUUUUCGCUGGCAGAGUGCUCGGGCCACCACAGACACCCCCGAUACGAGUGACGUCAACCUGGCCACACCUACCCCAGCCCCUGAGGUUAAACACAACCCUGAUGCGGCCCUCAAUGACAUCGAGUUUCACACCUCUGGUCUAUAGGAUGAGUAGAGGUGGUCAGGGACAGUUGACCAAUUAAGAAGGACCAGUUGAGAAGAUCCAGACCAGGCUAUUCCAGCUCUGGUGGUCUACAGGAUGAGUAGAGGAGGUCAGGGACAGUUGGCCAACUAAGAAGGACCACUUGGGAAGCCUUUUCCAGCUGUGGUGGUCUACAACCAUUGUUAUUGGCUGGAUUGGGGGAGAAUGAGCCCAGGCCAGGCCAGCUGGAUUGUAUCAAGUGGGGGAUGAGCCUCUGUGUCUCCACCUCUUCCAGGCUUCCAGGGAACGUGAUGUCCCUUCUUUCUUGGGGGUUGAUAGCGCCCAACCACGUUACCUUUUGACCUGAACUCUGGUGCUUUCCGCAGAGCAAGCUCGGCCGGAGGCGCUGGCUUCCAACUCCCUUGGCUGCUGCCCAGUCACACCCUGCUUAGAACAUAUUUGCAAACCCAACCUGAGAGCCUCCACACUUAGAGAGACGAGAAGCAGAUCUAGUUUAUAAGCCAUUAAAAGUUUUUGUUUAAUCUUGACAGAUGUUUACUUGCAUUGCAAUUCUUCUGGGGCUGGUCGCCUUUGCAAAUGACGGAGAGCUGAUGGGAAUUUAUUUUGCAAUCACUCAAUAAAAAGUUUAUUUUUCACCUUGCAA